AUGAAGGGCGUGUGGAAGCAGAGCGGCCUGGCGGCCAUGGCGUGCACCGACGCCGGCGCCGGAGCGGGACGCUCCCGCCGCAGCGCGAGGCUCGUGGUGUACGCCUUCGCGGUGGCCUUCGCCGCAUUGACGGCGUACAUCGCACUGUCCUCGCCCGCGGCCCCCGCUGCCUCUGGCGUCGGCGAGGGAAGGGCCUCGUGGUUCGACGGCGUGUACGCCUCCACGGCGCCGUACCGCUCCCAGGUUUCGACCUUCUUCUCCUCCAUCUUCCCCACCAACUCCUCCACCCCCUCGCCGGAGCCGUCGUCCCGCGCCGGAGGUGGCAAGGCCAGCGGAUCGAGCGAGGUGAGUCGUGAUGGGGAUAGUACGCACGCGGAAACCGGAGCAGGGAGCAGUAAUUCUGCUACUGCAGUUGGGUCUGAUAAGCGGUUGGGAAGUGGAGGUGGUGCGCCCAGCAGCAAUGCCAGCGGUGCGGGUGCACUGCCCGCCGGAACUGAUACCGCCGCCGCGAAGAGCGGCAGCAAAGACGGCGGGGAGGCUCCGACGGAUAAUUCUGCCCCUGCAAGUGGCGGUGCGCCGAUUAGUGCGGCAGAUCGGAAUAAAGAAAACAGAACAGUUAGUGCUAGCAGUCAGGCAGGGGAUGGAGGUGGAUCCCCAACUAGUAGUUCUGCCGGAGACAGAACCGCGGCGAAGGCCGAGGAGCAGAGCGGUGGAUCCAGUAAGCAGUCCGGAGUUGAAGCUCCGACUGGUAAUACUGCCGCCGGAAAUGGCAGCCUGGUGAAAGCAGACACCAAGGAUUCAGUUGGAGACGGCAGCAAGGUGAAGGCCGACUCCAAAGUUGGGUCUGAUAACCAGACAGUGAGUGCAAGUGCUGCUCCGAGCAGUGGUUCCGCUGGUGGAAACAGCACUGCGGCGAAGGCUGAUGGACCGGAUGCAGCUGGUGCCGCAAGCAAUGGUUCUGCCGGAAGUGACACGGUUGCAAAGGCUGAUUUGAACAAUGAGUCUGAUGCUCGGUCAGGGAGUGGAAACGACGAUGCAACCCAUAAAUCAGCACCAAGUGCCAGUCCAGUGAAGAGCAAUGGCGGAGUUCAGCACGAUAAAGCGAAUGCAGAUGUGGCUUCAACUAGUAAUAAUCAGACUGAAAGUCCAGCGAUUGCAGGUGAGAAAUAUGUUGGUUCUUCAAGCAAGAACCAAACCCCCGUAGCAUCACCAGUUGUGAAGAAACAGGACCAGACUAAGAAGGAAACAACUGUGAAUAAGAAGGAAACAACUCCACAGAGUAGUGCAGGCUCAUUGAAAGAUCAUUCAUCCCAAAUGAUCACCUCAUUGAAGGGGAAUGUGUCAUCAACUAAACAAGCGGGUGGUGCGAGUGGAAAUAAGAAGGUUGACUGGAUAAAGGAGAUGGCUGGCUGUGAUAUGUUCCAUGGGAAUUGGGUUCGGGAUGAAUCGUACCCUCUCUAUCCUGGGGGAUCAUGUCCUCAUAUCGAUGAACCCUUUGACUGCCAUCUCAAUGGCCGGCCAGAUCAAGCGUACGAAAAGCUCCGAUGGCAACCCAGCGAAUGCAGCAUCCCAAGAUUAAAUCCGACUGAUAUGCUGGAGAGGCUGAGGGGGAAACGUCUAGUUUUUGUUGGCGAUUCACUCAAUAGGAACAUGUGGGAAUCCCUGGUUUGCAUCUUGAGGCACUCUGUCAAGGACAAGAAAAAAGUUUUUGAGGCAUCUGGUAGGCGUGAGUUUAAGACUGAGGGCUCAUACUCAUUCCUGUUCACGGACUAUAACUGCAGUGUGGAAUUCUUCCGCUCCCCUUUCCUAGUCCAAGAAUGGGAGACACGAGUUAGCAACGGAAAUAAAAAAGAAACUCUUAGGCUUGACGUUGUCGAGCAAUCGUCACCAAAGUACAAGGAGGCAGACUUUAUCAUUUUCAACACCGGACAUUGGUGGACACAUGAAAAAACUUCCCUAGGGAAGGACUAUUACCAGGAAGGUAGUCACAUUUACAGUGAGUUAAAUGUUGUGGAUGCCUUUCAUAAAGCUCUUGUAACAUGGUCCAAGUGGAUCGAUGCCAAUAUAAAUCCUAAGAAAACCACUGUAAUGUUCAGAGGCUACUCAGCAUCUCAUUUCAGCGGAGGGCAAUGGAAUUCAGGUGGCAGCUGUGACAAGGAGACCGAGCCAAUUAAAAAUGAACAUUACCUUUCAACCUACCCACCAAAGAUGAGCAUUCUGGAGGAUGUGAUCCACAAGAUGAGGACUCCGGUUGUUUACUUGAACAUAACGAGAUUGACCGACUAUAGAAAGGAUGCACACCCUUCAAUCUACCGCAAGCAGCACCUGACCGAGGAGGAGAGGAGAUCGCCUGAGAUAUACCAGGACUGCAGCCACUGGUGUCUACCCGGAGUACCAGAUUCCUGGAACGAGCUGGUUUACGCCCAACUUUUGAUCAGUCAGCAUCAGAUGCUCCAACAAUAAAGGCAAGUAUGAGGUGUUCUGGAUGUUUGUAUAUGACAUGUUGCUGAGUGUCGUCCCGAGACCUAGGGUUUGUUCAAAACCCACAUAGAUAGUAAAGAUGCCAGCUGGUGAGAUGUCCCAAUACCCACACACACGACCUUCGAUUAGAGGCUUAUAGGACUUGAUAUUGUAAAGUUCAUGCCUAAUGGUAAUCAGAAUAAAACUGUAGUAUAGAUGACAUGUUAUAGAGAUGCUUCUGUGUUUUUGGAUGUUCCUUUUUCUGAGGAUGCCAUAUGAUA